AUGGAAGUUCUAUCGCAACUUCUGGUUAUUUCAAUUCAAAACGGUAUCAUCUACGCGUAUUCAAAAAAUGAGCUUAAAUUAUACCGAUUGAAACACCGUGAAGAGCUUGGUGUUAAAAUUGGUAUGUUCAUUACUUUUGAGAGAACCGAUGGGUUUGUUAUGGAUGUUACAACGAUUAUCGAAAAACGUACACCAUUAACAUCCAGGAUUGAAAUUGAAGAAACCGAAAAUGGCCCGAUUGUCAGUUUAUAACAAAUUACUAUCGAACAAAUUGUUUUUUUCAGCUCGUGCUCAGAACAUGGUUAAUAUUCAGUAAAAAUCCUUCGUUGCGGUCGCACAAAAUGAUAACAGGAUUUUCUGAUUGGUAUGGAUACGUUCGAAUUGUUUAUAAGUCUUUGAUAAGAUCGAGAAACGCGGUUUUCGUUAUGGGCAUUUCUGUGUAAGUUUUUCAAUCUUUAACUGAAUUUUUCUCACUCUUGAAACUAUUUUUCUUGUUAGAUAAAUUCUUUAUGUGAAAUUUCAUAAACGCUUCUCAAAAAAUUGAUUCUAGUGAUGACCUGGACUACGAUCAAAAGACUGGUGCUUCACUGUUUCGCCAACAUACUAAAAAAAUUGGAAGACGAUUUGAUCUUUCAAUCUUGAAAACAAUUGAAGAUCGCGAAAUUGAAUUGAAAUCGACGAAUGUCUUGGAAUCAAAUGAGGAUGAAGAUGUUGCAAGAAGAGAACUUGAAUUAAUUUGA